CGGGCGACGACGGCAAUUGAACCAAAAUGGAAGCAGACGUCGCCGGCGAGUUCCCAUGCUCUUCGAUCGCUGUCGAUUCCGUCCUUCGUAUCGGUACAGCUGGCUUAAUUUGGGGCGGCUUGACAGGCUCUCGUGACGCCGGAAAACAAGGUCUGAGUACUCUUGCUCGCGUGCCGUUCAUAGCCAGAUCAAUUGGUCAUUGUGGAUUCCAAUGGGGACUCUUGGCUGCAAUCUUCUCAUUCACUCAUUGUGGUGUCCAAAAAUAUAGGAGGAGGGCUGAUUUGAUUAAUGUGGUGUCAGCAGGCGUUGUGGUAGGCACAGUCCUGUGUGGCCCCCGACAGUGGAAACAAGUAGCUGGAGUAACUGGUCUUGUGUGUUUAUUACACAGAGUUAAUGAAGACUCCAAACCAUACAAGUAAAAAAAGCCAUUGUUGUAAGAACCGAGUAAUAAGAAUCAAGAAGGAUAAAUCCAUCCAGUGCUAUAUAAGGGGGGACUAGUUCCUGUUUGAUUCAUACUUUACGAGUUCAAUGCUUCUAACGUUAUUAUAAUACCCAGUACUUCGUACAUACAAGGCUGAGGUAUUCAAUCUCUCGUGAUCCCACCUCUUAAAUGAAGCAGAUUACUACCAUAAGUGAAUUGUACCAUUUUAGAAUUUUGGUUAAACAAUCUUACUUGAUAAUUUUAACUUCACGUGAAUUUGUGAUUAAAUUAUGUGUAAUUAAUUGCUUUAUGAAGUUGAUGAGGUUACUAAGAGGUUGUUUGGUAACACUGAAAUUGGUUGAAUCGGCC